GAGUCUAUCUGUAUCAUGAAUGCACAUACUAAACUUAGACUUUUCCUUUCAGGUAAUGGUGUCAGGAUCAGGAGCUCUGCAAGCACUUCUAAUAGUUUCGUGUAUAUCACUUGGCGCAAGUUUAGUGUGUCCGCAAGGAAAGCAAUUCCUCCACCACAAUUUGCAAAUCUGUGUAAAUUGCUCGGUAUGUGACAAUGAAAAGGGUCAAGUCGUCCUUAGGCCUUGCGAAGUUCAUCGAGAUACAAUUUGCGGGCCCUUAAGUGAGCUAAGCCUCGAUUGGAAGUUUUUACAACCCCAGUCGGAAAAUCGUCACCGGCACGAACACCACAGACACCAUCAUGAAGCGAAGGACGAGAGAUUAUAUUGGAACGCCCGGGAUGAUCACGACAAACAGCCGGCGGAAACACAAUCGGAAGCGAGGGUCGACCCUGCGGUCGAGGUGAUAGGUGUAGGGGUUACGAGCACUGAAGUACCCUUUUCAAGUGCAGAAACACUUGUGUGGGACUGGCAAGCUAUCGCGCUUACGUUAGCAGUAUUCGCCUGCAUCCUGUUUUUUCUUGUGAUCGCCCUAUAUUCUUUACAUCAAGCUAAACAGUGGAGGAGGCUUAAGGAGAACUUUGAAGCGGGUAAGCUAUUUAUACAUCUUUUUCUUUGAGCACGUAACGCCGUU